CACAUUUUAUCCCUCGCUUUAGAUAAGGUCCGACGGUGUACGAGGCGUUCCUUAAAUAAUCACGCGCACUAUGGAUUUUGUCAGAUCUUGAAAGAUCGAUCUGCUGCAGAUUCCCCAUAGGGAAUUUCUUUGAAUCUCGCCGGGAGUGGAGGGGCACCUUUUGAAGCUAAACGAAUCUUGGUCGAUGGCAAAAAUGGAGUACCAAGAAGAACCAAAGCCCGAGCUCAGAUCCCCUUCAUCAUUCAGCCACACGGUGGACCGCGACGUUAGCAACGCUCCCGAUGUCACGGGGCUGGAUGAAAGGAAGGAGAGGCGUCUUAUCCAGAAGAUCGAUCUGCAUAUCAUACCUUUUGUCAUCCUUCUUUACCUGUUCAGCUUUCUCGACAGAGUGAACAUUGGCAAUGCGCGCUUAUACGGAAUGGAGGAAGACCUGGGCUUGGUGGGAGAUCAAUACCAAGUCGCAGUGUCUAUUCUAUUCGUGACUUAUUGUCUCUUCGAAGUGCCGUCAAAUCUGGUGAUCAAAAAGCUCACCCCAUCGCGUUACAUUGCGUCCAUUUCGGUCAUAUGGGGUAUCAUAGCUACUCUAACGGGUAUAACCCAGAACUACGGCGGCCUCAUUGCUUGUCGCAUUCUUCUUGGCGUCGUGGAAGCCGGACUAUUUCCUGGAAUGAUUACGUAUCUCACCCUUUUUUACAGCAAGCGUGAGAUUGCCCUUCGCACAGGAUACCUUUUCAGCAGUGCAGCCAUCGCUGGCGCAUUUGGCGGGCUUCUAGCCUACGGUAUCGGCUACAUGGACGGUGUCGCUGGGCUGCGAGGUUGGAGGUGGAUUAUGAUCAUUGAGGGAAUUCCAACUGUCAUAUUAGGAGUUCUGGCUUGGUUCUUGCUUGCAGAUGACCCUGAUACAGCUUAUUAUCUCGACGAUGAGGAGAAGGCUCUAGUCGUCCGUCUCCGUCGUCGCGACGUGGGCCAAACAUCAUCCGCCCAAAAGUUUCACUGGGCCGAUGUCAAAGAAGGCUCGCUAGACUGGCGGAUCUAUGUCUUCUGCAUUGGUCAGUUCGGCGUCGAUACCAUGCUAUACGGAUACAGCACCUUCCUUCCAACGAUUAUCAAGGGGAUGGGGUCAUGGUCGACCCCCGAAGUACAAGCUCUUACAAUCCCUUGCUACGCAUUGGGCGCAAUUGCGUACCUAAUCGUUGCUUGGGUCAGCGAUAGAACUCAGCGUCGCGGAGUGUUCAUUUGCAUUUUUGCCGCAAUCUCUGUGGUCGGAUACGGGAUUCUCAUAUCCGAUUCUUCCUCUGGGGUUCAUUACUUCGGCGCCUUGCUUAUCGCUCUGGGUUUAUACGUGACAGUUGGAUUACCUCUUGCAUGGCUGCCAACCAAUCUUCCUCGCUACGGAAAGCGUACCUUCGCUACCGGUUUGCAGCUAACCUUUGGUAAUGUCAGCGGGGUCAUGUCUCCUUUCUUGUACAAAACCAAUGAAGCACCGCGCUACGUUCGGGGCAACGCCGUGACCUUAUCUCUAGUAGGGUUUGCGGGAGUCGUCUACGGUCUUAUGUGGUGGUACUACCAUGGAAAGAACAAACGCAGAAAACAUGGCCUGGAGGAUGAUAAAGUCGCAGGAAUGACAGACGAGGAGAUUGAGGAAAUGGGAGACAGAAGUCCUCGUUUUAUAUACAGUACAUGAUGCGGUGCUGAAGCAUCGAGCUUAAUACAUCUCAGAGUAGCUAUUGGCUUGCAGGGCGCAGAAUAACAUGGCUUGUUUCUUGGCAUUGGGAAGCCG